GAUGAACUUUGGGUGAACUAAUUUGUCUGACCAAGUUAACGUGGGCAGCAACCUGGGCCGCCUAUAAAGCGGGCGCUCGGCGGGGUUCGAAGCGCUGGCGGCGGCGGCAGGUGGCGCGCCAUGGGGCUCCUGGCACUGCUGGCCAGCGCGCUCUGCACCUUCGUGCUACCGCUGCUGCUCUUCCUGGCCGCGAUCAAGCUCUGGGACCUGUACUGCGUGAGCAGCCGCGACCGCAGCUGCGCCCUCCCUUUGCCCCCCGGAACUAUGGGCUUCCCCUUCUUUGGGGAAACGUUACAGAUGGUGCUACAGCGAAGGAAAUUCCUGCAGAUGAAGCGCAGGAAAUACGGCUUCAUCUACAAGACACAUUUGUUCGGGCGGCCCACAGUGCGGGUGAUGGGCGCCGACAACGUGCGGCGCAUCUUGCUCGGGGAGCACCGGCUGGUGUCGGUCCACUGGCCUGCGUCGGUGCGCACCAUCCUGGGCUCCGGCUGCCUUUCUAACCUGCACGACUCCUCGCACAAGCAGCGCAAGAAGGUGAUUAUGCGGGCCUUCAGCCGAGAGGCGCUGCAGUGCUACGUGCCGGUGAUCGCCGAGGAAGUGGGCAACAGCCUGGAGCAGUGGCUGAGCUGCGGCGAGCGCGGCCUCCUGGUCUACCCCCAGGUGAAGCGCCUCAUGUUCCGCAUCGCCAUGCGCAUCUUGCUGGGCUGCGAGCCCCGGCUGGCCAACGGCGGGGACGCGGAGCAGCAACUGGUGGAGGCCUUCGAGGAAAUGACCCGCAAUCUUUUCUCGUUGCCCAUCGACGUGCCCUUUAGUGGGCUGUACCGGGGCAUGAAGGCGCGGAACCUCAUCCACGCGCGCAUCGAGGAGAACAUUCGCGCCAAGAUCUGCCGGCUGCGGGCGGCGGAGGCGGGCGAGGGCUGCAAAGAUGCCCUGCAGCUUUUGAUCGAGCACUCGUGGGAGAGGGGAGAGAGGCUGGACAUGCAGGCACUAAAGCAAUCUUCAACUGAACUCCUUUUCGGAGGACACGAAACCACAGCCAGUGCAGCCACUUCUCUGAUCACUUACCUGGGGCUCUACCCGCAUGUUCUCCAGAAAGUUCGAGAAGAACUGAAGAGUAAGGGUUUACUUUGCAAGAGCAAUCAAGACAACAAGUUGGACAUGGAAAUUUUGGAACAGCUUAAAUACACUGGGUGUGUUAUUAAAGAGACCCUUAGACUGAAUCCCCCAGUUCCAGGAGGGUUUCGAGUUGCCCUGAAGACUUUUGAAUUAAAUGGGUACCAGAUUCCCAAGGGCUGGAAUGUUAUCUACAGUAUCUGUGAUACUCACGAUGUGGCAGAUGUCUUCACCAACAAGGAGGAGUUUAAUCCUGACCGAUUUAUGCUGCCUCACCCGGAGGAUGCUUCCAGGUUCAGCUUCAUUCCAUUUGGAGGAGGCCUUAGGAGCUGUGUAGGGAAAGAGUUCGCAAAAAUUCUUCUCAAAAUAUUUACAGUGGAGCUAGCCAGGCAUUGUGACUGGCGGCUUCUAAAUGGACCUCCUACCAUGAAAACGAGUCCCACCGUGUACCCUGUGGACGAUCUCCCGGCCAGGUUCACGCGUUUCCAGGGAGAAAUCUGAUGGGCGGGAGUGCCCAGACCUCAGACUUAUUUGAAGUGUACACAUGAGUUUUUACAUAGU